AAUAAAAGCAUCUCAUUGGUGGGGAUGAAACACAACGCCUACGUCUUCUUUGUCUAAACUUAGCAGCUGAUGGAUAGAAAUACACUGUUACAGUAGUGAAAAGUUAUGUUUGUCGCUAAUCAGAAUGAGCUGAUGCAAUUAUGUAAUUUAUCAUAGAUAACAUUCUGAACUGAAAAUUGAAUGAAACUCUCUGUCCGUGGUGGAAUUUAGUGGGAGCAGACGACGCGUCGCCUUGUCAAAGGAACGCCUGUAGUAAAUAAGCCUCAAUUAGGUUAGAAAAAAUAUCGGGAACAAAUUAGGCAUGGCUCAAGCUGCACCAGAAACCUCAUCUGCUAUUAGUGUUAGUAGUCAGUCAGUUCAUUACAUGGACAUGUUAGCUGACCGACGAGAAACAAGCGAUCUACGUUGGGCAUUAAGAAACUGGGAGUCCAAGGGCAAUUAUAAAUUUGCUAUCAAAAUGACACGCACAGACAUAUUUGAUAAAGUUAUGCAGUCCGAAAGAGUAAAGCAUACUAUUGAAAAGAUGGUGGAGUCAGGUCAAGACAGAGAGUCCCUCGAAGCAGAGGUUUUGUCAAUCUUGGAACAGAUGGGACACACACAAGAAUUAGCUGUCAUACGAAAGUUUGCUUUUGUAUUGCCAAAGAUUAUGAAGAAGAUAUAUGGUAGAAUCUUCAUCAAUGAGGAUGGAAUAGAAAAGUUACGAAGCACAAUUGUAGAAACUCCAGUCAUCCUGCUUCCAACGCACAGAUCGUAUGCCGACUUCCUGUUAGUUUCGUAUAUUGCAUAUCACUUCAAUUUACCGCUUCCAGUCAUUGCUGCAGGAAUGGAUUUCAUGAAUAUGGCUGUUGUGGGUGAAAUGUUGCGAGGCUCUGGGGCAUUCUACAUUCGGCGUUCUUUCAUGGAUAACCCCCUUUACUGGGCUGUUUUCCAGGAAUAUGUUCAAAAUUUGGUUGAAUAUACUGGUUCUCCCAUGGAAUUUUUCUUAGAGGGUACAAGAAGUCGUAGCGGAAAAUCAUUACCCCCAAAGCUUGGUCUUUUAGGAUGUGUUCUAGAGUGUUGGCUACGAGGUAGACUUCCAGACCUAGCAAUUGUUCCCAUUAGCAUAUCUUAUGAUCGAACACUUGAAGAGAAACUUUAUGCAUAUGAACUCCUUGGUGUCCCAAAGCCUCCAGAAUCAACUUCAGGAUUACUGAAAGCUACUAGCAUUCUGAAAGAAAGCUUUGGAAAUAUAUGUAUACAUGUAGGCGAUCCACUGUCGGUUCGAAGUUUUCUUGGGCCCCAAGUUGAGAGGCAUCUAAGUGCGUCAAUGCCUUUUCAUCUGGUCCCCUUAGGAAAAAGUGAGUUUAAUGCCUGCGAAGCCCUUGGCCUUCAUGUGUUAAGGAAGAUCCAAGAGGGAGCUGUUGUAAGCCUUUGGAGUCUGAUGUGCUUACAGUUUAUGAGAGUGCUUUGGAAAGGGCAGUGGUCACUGCCACUUACAAAGUUAGUAGAGGAUGUCAAGUGGCUUGUAAGCCUGCUAGAUAAAAUUGGUGGAAAAGUUGCAAUUGAAG